CCGACCCUUCCGUACAUUCACUCAGUGUGAUUUAGCGCACACAUAGCGGAGCACGGACUAGCGUCCAUCCUGAACAGUCUGGUGAACCCUUGCUCUCUGGCUUCCAGCAGACUCUCAGCACCUGCCCGCUGACAUCAGUGUACCUGAGGAUCUGCCAGCCCCCCUUUCAUCCUCCCCAGAUGUAGAGGGAGUUAUCAUUUGCAGCAGCCGUGUACACAAUCUUUGUGCUGUCCAGUGAAGUUGCCCACCAUGCGUGAGUACAAGCUAGUGGUGCUGGGAUCAGGAGGCGUGGGAAAAUCUGCACUGACAGUCCAAUUUGUGCAAGGCAUUUUUGUGGAGAAGUAUGACCCCACAAUAGAAGACUCCUACAGAAAGCAAGUGGAGGUGGAUGGGCAGCAGUGUAUGCUUGAAAUCCUGGACACGGCUGGAACAGAGCAGUUCACAGCGAUGAGAGACCUCUACAUGAAGAACGGCCAAGGCUUUGCUUUGGUGUACUCCAUCACAGCGCAGUCGACAUUUAACGACCUACAGGACCUCCGGGAACAGAUCCUGCGAGUAAAGGACACCGACGACGUUCCCAUGAUCCUGGUGGGAAACAAAUGUGACCUGGAGGACGAGCGUGUGGUUGGCAAGGAUCAGGGUCAGAACCUGGCUCGUCAGUGGAACAACUGUGCCUUUUUAGAGACUUCAGCUAAAUCAAAGAUCAAUGUUAAUGAGAUUUUCUAUGAUCUGGUGCGACAGAUCAACAGAAAAACGCCGAUGGAAAAGAAGAAGACAAAAAAGAAGUCGAGUUGCACACUGCUCUAAAACGCCCUCCCACAGCAGCUCCGGGCCAGAAACGUGUAAUGAUUAACAGUUUCCCAGUGGAUCGUGCCAGCAUUCCAAGUCCUCUCCAGAGCGUUUUGAAAAAGGCUGACAGAGAAACUCCACCACUCGAAAAACAGCAGGAGACGGCACAUACUCUCAAGAUACUUGUCUCUUCUUUUUAACGGCAAAGAAAUCCAACUUUUUUUGUAUUGUCAGCCUGGUGACAACUCUGUUUUUGUUUUUUGUUUGGUUUCUUCUUCUUUUCUCUUCUCCAUGGUGUCUUUCUUUUGGAAAUAUCAGUGUGAAAGAAGAGACCAUGGGUUUAUUAAAUCCAUAUAUGGGAACUAAAAUAUUUUAUUAAACAUAACAUCAAUCUUUGGCAUAUUUGUGACAAUACUUUUUGCAAAAGAAACCAUGUGAAAUGUUGGCCUUCUCGUACAUUUCUGCACUAACAGUGUCUACAAAGAUGCAUCAUUGUCCAUAAGUUACUCGCUCCUACUUACCAGGAUGUGUAUUGAUGAGAUAACAUCUUUCCUAAGUGACUUUGUUUUUUAUCGAAAGCUGCAAGCCUUCCAUAUUUCCCAUAAUAUAUUCUACUUCCAUUUUUGCAUAAUAAAGCUAAGGAAAUUAGUAUUUUAUAGACUGAUGGGGGAAAAUGGUUCUGAUUUGUGUCUUGAGGCUGAAAAUAUAUUGUACUAAACCAACUCUAAUAUUGCUGUCACAGAUGAUUUUCCAGCUUUUAUGAAUGAUUAAAUUUUAGUACAUUUUCA